UAUACCAUUUCAUUUUUCCCAGUCGUGGCUUACGGCAUCAUUAGGCCUAACCUUAACCCCAGUUUUAGUGAAUAAUCAUUUCCAUUUUUCUUCCUUUUCUGUCUACAUCUUCUCCCAGUUUGGCUGCUGCUUCUUCUAGAAUCUGCAAGAAAUGUUUUUUCAUCGUUUGUUGUUGAAAGCCUUUAAGAAGAGUUGUUUUUAGUUGCAGACGAAGUUGAUGUGGUGGGGUUCUUUCUUCCAUGUGCAAGUUGUUGCUUGUGAAGGAGAGGAGAAGCAGAGGCUGCUAUUUGGGUCAAGAAAUUGAAGUGGGCACUGCAGUUUUCAAUAAAAUUUUUUAGAUUUCUUGCCUUGCUUCAAAUGUUUGCUGCUCUCUUGGAGGUAUAAUAUGGAAAGUAAAAAAGAGGUGACAGAAGAUUCGAUGAAAUUCAUGGACGAUAGCUUAGAAUCGACAGAAGAAAAUGGUUUGUCAGAUGUGCUAAUUAAAAGGUUAGAGCCACACCAUCUUCUUGUUCUAAACACAUCCCGUUCCUGCUCUGUUGAAUUCGGUGAUCAGAAAUUGUUCCUCCAUGGCCUAGAUAAGAAGCUUCCGAGGCAUAUAAUAAGUUUCGACGAAAGACACUUAAUCCGUUGCCUUAAAUUGAUAAACGAGCAUGUCUCUGGAGUAUCAUUAGGCAGUUUUUCGUCAAAAAUGGGAAUUUUAUCUCACAACUUGAAUUCCCAAGGUAAUAGCAAUAUGAUUGGUUUGGUGGCUGGGGCCGAAAAUAUUGUCCUUAACUCUAUAGGGGACGGGAUCGUUGGUGCAAUUACCCAUAGCAAGAGUAUGGUGAACAUCCUAAAAAGCCCGUUACUUGUCAAACUGGGCAGCUUGGAUUUCGAUGUUAACUCGGGGAAGACAAAUUUACUUGACAUUUCUGAUUCCCCGAGCUAUCUUGGUGAUUUUAAUACCAGUUCAUCUCAGAAUCUGCAGUUUGAGAGGACAGUUGGGUAUAAGUAUAAUGGAUACCAAUCCAUACCCGAGCAAAGAAGUCUUGUUCCAAUUUCAAGUACAAACUCUACCAGUUCAGAUCAAUCGUCUUCUGAAACGACUGCUAUUUCUCAAGGAAUGCUCCAAAUCACGUGGAAAAACGGUUUACCACACUAUGUUUUCUCGACAGAUGGAAAGGACGAGGUAUAUGUAGCUGACUUGCUUAAGGUUAACUCGACCGAGGAUAAGUUUUUGGAUUAUGUUUACAUAUUUCAUUCGGGAUCGAGUAUUGUGGGUAGAAUGACAGUGUCUAAUUCGUGUACACUCGAUUCGAAUAAGUCACAGAUUCUGGAGAGGCAAUUUGUGCUGUACGGUUGUGGUGAUGGGUUCGUGGAUGAUACCCAAACCUCGAGUCACGCUCUGAGAAAGAACAAAAGACUAGCGAAGAGAGUGGCGGAUGUGUUUAGGACGGUCCAUAUGUAUAAGCAGAGAAGCGUGUACAAGUUUAGUGGAGCAAACGCAAUUCACGAGGAAAAUCCCGGGAUGGAAUCCGAUUCGGGUAUUGCUAGUGAUGCAGAAACUGUAUUUAUCCCUAAUCUCGAGUUGGCUGCGGUGGUUGUGAGAGAUCAUGUGUACAAUAGCCCGAAGAAAGCAGAAACCGGAGGGUGGGGGUUGAAGUUUCUCAAGAAAUCCAGGACGGGGCAGAAAAACGCGAGCUUAGAGGCCUCGAUACACUCCGAAUGUCCUUCUUUUAGUAGCGGUGAGUGCUCAACGAGCAUGGAUGUCGUAGUGCCGGCUGGUUUUCAUGGCGGGCCGAGAACCAGAAAUGGCGGUCCUUCUAGCCUACUCGAGAGGUGGAGUUCUGGAGGGCAUUGUGAGUGUGGAGGCUGGGACGUCGGGUGCCCACUAACUGUUCUCAACACUCGACCAAACAAAACCGACGCUUUCUCAGAAACACGCCUAUCUGAAGAUUGCAAAACUAUUGAUCUUUUUAUACAGGGCUCCCGGGAAAGUGUACCGAUCAUGAAAAUGGCAAACAUUCAUGAUGGUUUAUACUAUAUUCAUUUCCAAUCAACCCUGUUGUCUCUGCAGGCUUUUGCCAUCGCUACUGCUAUCAUCCAUAGCCGUAGUCCUAUCCUUCGAUCCAAAUUGUACAGGAAGUGAAGUGACAGCAUUAAAGAACUCCGAUACUUCUGCUACAUCCCAGUUUUCGCCAAAGUUUAGAUGAAUUUGCAGCUCUUUAUCCCCCGAUUACACGACAAAAGUAGCCAUGUCACAUGAUCCUAGUGUUCAUAGCGUUUUCUUGCUCAAAAGUUACAUCGUUUCGCGACCACUGAAAACUACAGAGUAAUAGGGCAGUGUUAGCUUCUGUUGAUGGUUUACAUGACAAAAAACUACCAUUAUUAGCUUUGUGCUUCGCGAAAUACGCGAGUACUUAACCAUGUUUUUUUUUUUUGGUUUUUUUGGAGCAAUUGAUGAAUUGAUAGGGUAUUCAAAAUCCAUGUAAAACUUAUGUAAUGUGUAAAGGAGCAUUUGAAGUUUUUAA